AUGUUCCGAGCCGCGCUGUGGCCGCCGGUCCUCCUCCUGCUGCAGCUGCUGCUGCUCGCCUGCGCGCCCGGGGGCGAGGCGGCCCCCGACCAGGACGAGAUCCGCUUCCUGCCCGGGCUGGCCAAGCAGCCUUCUUUCCGCCAGUACUCCGGCUACCUCAAAGGCUCCGGCUCCAAGCGCCUCCACUACUGGUUUGUGGAGUCCCAGAAGGAUCCCAAGAGCAGACCUGUGGUUCUGUGGCUCAAUGGAGGGCCAGGCUGUAGCUCCCUUGACGGCCUCCUGACAGAGCACGGCCCUUUCCUGAUCCAGCCAGAUGGUGUCACCCUGGAGUACAACCCCUAUUCCUGGAACCUGAUUGCCAACAUGUUAUACCUCGAGUCCCCAGCUGGAGUGGGCUUCUCCUACUCCGAUGACAAGUCUUAUGCCACCAAUGACACAGAGGUCGCCCAGAGCAAUUUUGAAGCCCUUAAAGAUUUCUUCUACCUGUUCCCGGAAUACAAGGGCAAUGAGCUUUUCCUGACGGGCGAGAGCUAUGCCGGCAUCUACAUCCCAACCCUGGCAGUGCUGGUCAUGCAGGACCCCAGCAUGAACCUUCAGGGGCUGGCGGUGGGCAAUGGACUCUCUUCCUAUGAGCAGAAUGACAACUCCCUGGUCUAUUUUGCCUACUACCAUGGCCUUCUGGGGAACAGGCUCUGGUCUUCUCUGCAGAAGCACUGCUGCUCUCAAAACAAGUGUAACUUCCACGACAACAAACAGCCAGAAUGCGUGGCCAAUCUUCAGGAAGUGUCCCACAUCGUGUCCAGCUCCGGCCUCAACAUCUACAACCUCUACGCUCCAUGUGCUGGGGGGGUGCCCAGCCAAGUAAGGUAUGAGCAGGACACUGUCAUGGUCCAGGAUCUGGGCAACAUCUUCACCCGCCUGCCACUCAAGCGGGUGUGGCAUCAGAUGCUGCUGCGUUCUGGGGAGAAGGUGCGCCUGGACCCCCCCUGCACCAAUGCCACGGCCCCCUCCAACUACCUCAACGACCCUCAAGUGAGGAAGGCGCUCCACAUCCCCGAGCAGCUGCCCCGCUGGGACUUGUGCAACUUCCUGGUGAAUAUCCAGUACCAACGUCUCUACCAAAGCAUGUGUUCCCAGUACCUGAAGCUGCUCACUGCACAGAAAUACCGGAUUCUGCUGUACAACGGCGAUGUGGACAUGGCCUGCAAUUUCAUGGGAGACGAGUGGUUUGUGGAUUCCCUCAACCAGAAGAUGGAAGUCCAGCGCCGGCCCUGGUUGGUGGACUACGGGGAGAGCGGGGAGCAGAUUGCUGGCUUCGUGAAGGAGUUCUCCCACAUCGCCUUCCUUACCAUCAAGGGCGCCGGACACAUGGUCCCCACCGACAAGCCCCAGGCUGCCCUGACCAUGUUCUCCCGCUUCCUGAAUAAGCAGCCAUACUGA